AUGACGCUGUACCCGUACCCCAAGGACAUGAACAUCAAGAAGCAGGGUGUGGCUGUCCCUGGCUCCGAGACCGCUACCACCAGUGCCGUGUACAAGAAUGCUUUCUGGGACAACUCGCUCAUCCGCUUCGACGAGCAGGGCAAGGCUCUCCCCCGCACGCUGUACGAGGUCUUUGAGCAGUCUGUCGCGAGGCACCCCAACACCCCCAUGUUCCGUCGCCGUGCGCCCAUCGCGCCUACCAAGCCCGGACAGGCCUUGGACUUUGCCACGACCACCAUCGACACGUCGUAUGCUACCAUCCAGCAGCGCCGCACUGCCCUUGGUUCGGCUCUCCUCUCGCUCGAGCGCCUCGGCCGUCUCCGCGACCCCCGUGCGGCUCCCGAGCAGCCCUCGCCUCCCGAGAUCACCUACGAGGGCAUCCCCUCGUACGGCGACAAGCUCAACCAGGGCGCUCGUCGUGGUUGGGCUGUGGGUAUCUGGUCGGGUAACCGUGAGGAGUGGCAGAUUGUCGACCUCGCGUGCCAGGCCUACGGUCUCGUCUCGAUCUCGCUCUACGAGACCCUCGGCCCGGACGUUGCCCAGUACAUCACCAACCACGCGCCGCUUCCCAUCAUCUUUGCGUCGUCCAACCACCUCACCGACGUCCUCAAGGUCGCUCCUCACUGCCCCACGCUCCGCGCCAUUGUGACCAUGGACCCCGUCUCGGGCGCCGAGCGCGACGUCCUUACCCAGUGGUCUGCCUCGCUUGGCAUCACCUUCCUGGACAUGUCCGAGCUUGAGCAGUGGGGUUGCCAGCCCGAGAACUUCUUCGCUCCUGGCCCUCUGGAGGACGAGAAGGAGCUCGACGUCGAGCGUAUCGUCACGAUUUCGUACACCUCCGGCACGACCGGCAACCCCAAGGGUGUGAUCCUUACCAACUGGAACAUGACGUCUGCCACGAUCUCGUCGGCGUACGGUGUGACCACCGACCUUGUCAAGGACCCCGGAUGGAAGUUCUUCUCGUACCUGCCCCUGUCGCACGUCUACGAGCGCUUCCUCCACCUCCUUGUCUUCUACGGCGACGGUACCGUCUGCUUCAGCACCGGCGACACCCUCCGUCUCCUCGAGGACGCCUCCGUCUUGAAGCCCAACAUGUUCCCCGGUGUCCCCCGUGUCUGGAACCGUCUCCACUCGGCCAUCAAGAUCCAGAUGGACACUCCGGGCCUCAAGGGUGCUCUUCUCCGCCGUGCCGUCAACACCAAGCUCGCCAACUUCCGCUCCACCGGCGAGAUCCACCACCGUGUCUACGACGCUCUCGUGUUCCGCAAGCUCCGCAACCUCAUCGGUGGCGAGGUCAAGUACAUGACCUCGGGAGCUGCUCCUCUCGCCGCUGCCGUCCACGAGAUGCUCAAGAUUGCCUUUUCGUGUGACGUUAUCCAGGGCUACGGCAUGACCGAGACCAUUGGCACCUGCACCAAGGGUAUCCCCGAGGACAACACUGCCAUGGGCACCUGUGGCCAGAUCCAGCCUUGCAACGACGUCCGCCUCGUCGACGUCCCCGAGAUGGGCUACACCCACGCCGACAAGCCCAACCCCCGCGGUGAGCUCUGCCUCCGUGGCGACAACAUCUUCAAGGGCUACCUCCACGACCCCGUCAACACUGCCAAGACCAUCGACGCCGAGGGCUGGAUGCACACUGGUGACAUUGCCGAGAUUGACGCCUAUGGCCGUGUCAAGAUUGUCGACCGUGUCAAGAACGUUGUCAAGCUCGCGCAGGGCGAGUACGUCGCCCUCGAGAAGAUUGAGGGUGUGUACGCCCUCAACCCCCUGUUCGCCACCUUGCUCGUGCACGCCGACUCGCUGCGCUCGUCGCUCGUCGCCGUCGCCGUCCUCGAGCCCGCCCUCGCCGCCAAGCUCGUCCAGGACGUCCUCGGCCAGACCAUCGACCCCGCCAACACCGAGGCCCUCAACAAGGCCGUCCUCGACCCCAAGAUCCGCGCCUACCUCGUCGCCGGCCUGGCAAAGGUUGCCAAGAAGAACAAGCUCAACGGCUACGAGAACAUCCGCGGCAUCUACCCGCGCAUCACCCCCUUCGAGGACGACCUCCUCACGCCCACCCAGAAGAUCAAGCGCAACGUCGCGGCCAAGCGCUUCGAGCAGGAGAUUGACGACAUGUACAACGAGAUCGAGGGCGCCGCUCCCGCCAAGCUCUAA